UGAAGGUCUGCGUUGAAACGACGCCUGACUGGUUAACGAGCCCGGUGUGCGCUCCUACUUUCGCUGAGCAGAAAGAAGCUCGAGUGUAUGGACAAGUGUGUUUUCGGAUCCGCUUUAAGUUGGUUGGAUAGGACAGAAAUAUCACAGUGUUUUUAAAAGACAACUUUUGAACAGGGACUGGACUGUAAACACUGAUUCCAAACUGGCAACCCAAUCUCCUGGAGCCCAGUGAACGCUGCGCCGUGUGUAUUUGGCAAUCAACGAGAGAAGUGUGGAGGCAGUAGUAUGGGAUAGCAAUGUUGUCCAGGGAAGGUAUAAUUCCUGACGACUAUGUCCUGACCCGGUUGGCGGAGGACGUGCUACAACCCCGAUUCAAGUCGAAACAAAGGAAGUCGCGCUUUGUUUCCAAGAACGGCGCGUGUAACGUUGCGCACACGAACAUCCGUGAACAGGGCCGCUUUCUGCAGGACGUGUUCACCACCCUGGUAGACCUAAAAUGGCUUUAUACGCUGAUUAUCUUUACCAUGUCUUUUCUGUGCAGUUGGUUCCUGUUUGGCAUGAUCUGGUGGCUCAUUGCUUUCGCGCACGGCGACCUGGACACGAAUGCGGACGGAUUUGUGCCAUGCGUCACCGACAUACACUCGUUUUCCUCAGCUUUUUUGUUCUCCAUCGAAGUACAGGUGACAAUAGGUUUCGGAGGGCGCAUGAUUACGGAGGAGUGCGUGUCCGCUGUUAUAAUUCUGAUCAUACAGAACAUUGUGGGUCUGUUGAUUAACGCGAUCAUGCUGGGUUGCAUCUUUAUGAAAACAGCGCAAGCGCGCCGCCGCGCUGAGACUCUGAUCUUCAGCAAACAUGCGGUGAUCUCACUGAGGAACGGCAAGAUGUGCUUCAUGGUGCGCAUCGGCGACCUGCGCAAAAGCAUGAUCAUCAGUGCCACAGUACGCAUGCAGUUGGUGCGUCGCAGCACCACGGAAGAGGGUGAAGUGCUUCCCUUGGAGCAGAUCGACAUCCAGACAGACAACCCGGUGGGCGGCAGCAGCAUCUUCCUCGUGUCACCGCUCAUCAUCAGCCACGUGAUUGACAAGAGCAGCCCUAUGUAUGAGCUGUCAGCUGACGCCUUGCAACGCGAAAACAUUGAGGUUGUGGUGGUGUUGGAGGGCGUGGUGGAGACCACCGGCAUCACCACACAGGCGCGCACAUCCUACGUGUCAGAGGAGAUCCUGUGGGGCCAGCGAUUUGUGCCCACCGUGUCCGAGGACGACGGCAUAUACGCCGUGGAUUACUCCAAGUUCGGCAACACGGUGAGGGUUCCCACGCCGACCUGCAGUGCCCGGAAGCUGGACGAAGAUGAGGGCGUGGUUUGGUUUAAAUCACGAGACCUCACUUCCGCCAGAGCUUCCAUGCGUAGGCGAGUAAAGCGACAAGCGACCCAUCACGAUGAGUGAACCGAAUUCUCACUGGGGAAAAAAAUCAUAUCUAGAUAUAGAUAUACACACGUGCAGUUCAUUUUUCUUAUCCUAGAUUAAAUCUCCAUAAGACUGAUUUUCUAUUUUCGUUAACAUGGGGAUUUGUAUUGGCUGUUUAUUCUAUACAAAUGAUGCAGAAAUGGAGUUAUGCAAUAACUUAGCCUGUGCAAAAGCAUCACUACAUUAUGUGAAGAUUAAUUAUCAUAUGCAUGCACGUUUACACGGUAUUUUUACUCAGGGGAUUUAAUGUUCACAUACUAGUUUGCUACAGAUAAAUGCAUCCCACACGCCUUGACAUGCAAAUAAACUGGACUGUUUUCAUGUCCUCUAGUGCUUCUAAUCUAUAUAAAAUACAUUCUGAUAUACCCAAUUAAUAUCUAUUUUAAUAUAAAUUGUAAGCAUCUGGAGCAAGUAAAAAACAAACAUGUCUGUCUGCGUCCAGAUUUUGUAAGGGAACUUAAAAUUUUUAAAACUGCAAACCAAAUCCUUUUAUUAAACCUGCACUACAGUGUAACAAACAUCUGAUGAUUAAAGAAUUAUACAUUUCAUACUAGCUUAAUGCUCAUUUACAGUCUGUUUUUAAAAACCUUCGUUCAAUUAUUUUGUAUAAUUGAAUAUUUGUGUGUGUUUUAGUCUUUUGCUCAGAAACACAUUUAUACAUUAUACUCAAUUCCUGAAUUUCACAAGAGAUUUUUUUUUAAUUACUGCAGUGGUACGAUAAAUAGGAUUAUAAAUAAAUA